AUGCCACGGGGGGGUCUGGCUGAGGCUGUCGGCGAGCGGUUCUUCGGGGAGGUGACGCCUGCGGGGGGGGGACAAAUCCGCCUCCCGCCGGGGCACCGGAGUCUGGAGAGUCCGCGAGCCACCGGCCUGGAGCGCCCCGGGCUGCGGAGACAAUCAGCGAGUGUGUGGGCAGAGGCCGGCUUCGCCUUCCCCGACUGGGCCUACAAGCCCGAGUCGAGCCCCGGCUCGCGGCAGAUCCAGCUGUGGCACUUCAUCCUGGAGCUGCUGCAGAAGGAGGAAUAUCAGGGCGUGAUCGCCUGGCAGGGCGACUACGGCGAGUUCGUCAUCAAGGACCCCGACGAGGUGGCGCGGCUGUGGGGCAUCCGCAAGUGCAAGCCCCACAUGAACUACGACAAGCUGAGCCGGGCGCUCAGAUAUUACUACAACAAGCGGAUCCUGCACAAGACGAAGGGGAAACGCUUCACCUACAAGUUCAACUUCAGCAAGGUGGUGCUGGUGAACUACCCGCUGCUGGAGGUGGGCAGCGCCCCCUUCCUGCUGGCCCCCUGCCCCGGGGGGGCGCACGGCCCCGACUGCCCACCCCUCACCCCCGAGACCCUUCAGUCCCUCUUCUCCAGCCCCCGCCUGGGGGACCCCCCCAGACGCGGCCCCCUCUUCGAGCGCCAAGCCGAGAGCGAGAAGCUGCGGCUGGACUCAGCCAUCCCCUUCCUGGGCUCAGGUGAGAGCUGGGGCCGGCGGGGGGGGGAGCCUUGA